AAAAGAAGAAGAAAAAAUAAAAAACCCUGACAGCAGCUCACUUCAGCCAAGUCGUCGCCAUUUUAUUAGGAGACUAAAUAACCCUCCCCUGAUCGCCUGUUUUGAACCGCAGUGAGAUCCUAGGCUUAGUUCGCCGUUUUAUCUUCUGCUCUGGCCACAUGAAAAUGGCUACGCAGUUGCAUUCCCGCACAUCCAACCGCACACGCACAUAAGCACAAGAGAGCUGCAGCCUUCAGCCCGCCCCCCUCCUCAUCCUCAUUGCCUUGCCUGCUUGUGUGCACAUACACGUACAUCAGAGCGCCGUGAACCAUGAGAACUGGCGGGAGCGAUGCAACUUUCCCUGCGCGAGAAGUGGGCAAAAUAAGCUCCAGUGGGUGUAACCAGUACGCCACCUAGCUGCGGAGACGCUCCGGCGGAGAUUCCGUCGACUGUACGGAUUAUGAGGAACACCCGCGCCGAUGUUGUUGCACGGAGGGCUCCGCGCUCUGCUGGGAAUCAAACUCGCAUUUCGGGGGGUGUUUUUAUGUUUUUAACCAGCCUUAGUUAUAUAAUCGGAGCUACAAUCUAAUGAACCAGAGGCGGCUUAGUGCUCGCUGUUGGAGCCGAUAGGAGAGGAGAGCAGGACAGCAACACCUUCAGCUCCUUUUGCCUUGAACGCAGUUGGCUCUGGGACGCGCUCUCUGGAUUCAUAUUUACCCAGCUCAAGUCUGAAGGACAAGAAAGAGAUAUUCCUUCGCUGGAUGACGGCACUAAGCUGCCCUCGAACAGUUAAGGGAUCUGUUUUGCUAAACUUUGCGGUCUACACCUGCAGUCUGCUCUUCACAUUUGACCCCAACAGUCCUACUGGCCUCAUUUGAAGGUGUUAUACUGGGAACUCCGGAGCAGACUGCUUCUCCCCCCUGACUUCUCUGAUGGACCAGAGAGUGAAGGGGGGGACCCCUCCAGCCACCACCUCCACUCUGGGCUCCAUGUCUGCGCCUGAAGACUCUAAGCAGGACCAAGCAGCAGAGAAAAAGAAGAGAGGUGAGGGAGAGAGUUUCAAUGUUGGGAAAAAAGAGGAGGAGAAAAGAGGAGCAGGAGGAAAAAGGGAAGGAGACAAGGGAGCAGUGCUGGAGCUGCUUAUCGAGGGGCGCUGCGGAGGGCAGCAGGAGCUCCAGCUCUCUGGCAGGGAAUCAAACUGCCCCGAGGGGAACGUACGGGUCCGGAUUGGACUCCAGGCCAAGCGCACCAAAAAGCCGCCCAAGAUUCUGGAGAGCUACGUGUGCAAGCCCACUAUCAGGACGUAUCAGAGACAAGGCAAGGGGGCUCUGCCGAGGGCAGAUGGAGAGGGAAGAGCGGUCCAACAGAACAAAAGCAGCCCAGCCCCAGACGAGGCAAACAGAGAGCAGCGCUCGGGCUUGGAUGCCGUCCAGGCCACAUCCAAAAAAACUGCAUCUGCUGCUUCACUGCUGCUUGCAAAGUCAUUAUCAUCCUCGUCGUCGCAGCCUUUGUCGUUAUCCUCGACAUUAACUUCAGUGUCUACCCCUGCUUCAGUCCCUAACAUAUCCAGCCAAGGGACCAAGACCAGCAAACAGGUUCCCAUCUCGCUGGCCGAUAAGACAGAUGAGAAUUCAAAUGGCUCAAUAGAAAAAGUGAAGAAAGACAAGCUUCCAAGUGUCAAUGGACAGUCCGUUUCUUCAGGAAAUAAACCCAGUUCUCCCACAGCAGACCAGACAGCUUCAGCCACUCCGUCCACACCAAGCAAGCAGACAGUCUCCACUUCAGAAACCAGGAAUAAAGGGAAUAGCUCCAAGAAACACAAUGGUUUGGUUCUGACAGCAAAACAGAAGGAACUAUCGAAUGGGAGGAGCUCUUCAAAUAUCCUUGGCACUUCAUCCUCGUCAAAAAGCAAAGCUGGAAAACACAGUGGUUCCUCUUCUGCUUCUUCCACAGAGACCCCAGCAAGGCCUCUGGUGUCUUCUGGCUCCCAUAAAGAGCUUUCCAGUAAGACUAAGCCAGACUUUCCUUCCUGUCAUCAAGUCACCCCCAAAUCACAGUCUUCCCCCUCUGUGGAUCCUUCCUCUGCCCAGUCAGAGGGUCGCGAUCCCUCUCCACAGCCACUGAUACAUAAUAAGAGAGAGAAAGAGAAGAAAGCCAAGAAGGAGAGACGGAGAGAUAAAAAAUCAAAGAGAGAUAGAUCAGAAGCAGAGAGAGAAAAAAGAAAGGGUGAGGUGAAGAAAAAGAAGAAGGGGAAGGAUGGGAAAUUAAGACAUGACAAAGAAAAGGAUCAGAAACACAGAACUGAUGAAUUAUGGAGAGAUAACAUAAAGAAUGAGACAGGAAAGGGAGAUAAGCUAAGCCCUGACAGACUGAGAACAGAAGAUAUUAAUGCAAAAUGUGGUGAAACAGUUGGGACUGCUAAAUUAGAUAAAGGCUGUAAAAAAGUGACCCCAGUCAGACUAGAGGAGAAAGAAAAGACAGUUGACAGCUGUAGGCUUGCUAAACAAGGCGAGCCUGUAACAACAGGUGAUUCCAGUAAAUCAAAAGAACAAGACGUUUCGAGACAUUCGGCAGUAUCUCCACCCCUCUCUACGUCUUCUGCUCCUCCCCCGCUGCCCCCAUCUUUCUCCCACAUUCCCGUUUCUCCCCCCUCUUCUCCCCGGGAGCAGGACAGCCGACCGCUCAAGAAACGUAAAGCUAGAAGGCCCAGCUGGACCAAGCUGGUACACCGUGCCCACAGAGCGGAAAAUCAGGAAGCCACUUUGGAUUCCCUGCAUAAUCCAUCGCUAAGUUUCCCCCAGAUCACUAAGAAGUUGUUCCCUGCCAAGACCACUGUUCAGCAGAGCGAUGAGUCACAGUCAGCACCCUCAAGCUCCUUAUCCAGCUGCCCUCCCCCAAUGUCUUCAGCAGCCCAAAAACAAACUCUCCCUAUGUCAGAUUCAGUCCGAAAGAGGGGCCGCCCAAAAUCUCACAGCUCCAGCUUGGAUGAGCCUCCUCCGCGACUAUCACCGAACGAUCUUUCCACUGAGCAUCCCUCUGUAGGGUGUGACAAAGCUAAGAAAGCCCCCGUGUUGGUGCCGAUACUGCAGUCCAACUCCAGCCCUAAGAAGCGAGGGCGCCCCCCCAAACGACCCCUCCCAGAGGAUCAGGGUGAAGAUGCACUGAAUCCCCCAAAUCGCGAGGAAAGGAGCGAAGACUUUCAUCCUCCUGAACGGGAGAACCGGCAGCUAAAGAUCAGAAGACUGAUUAAUGAGAUGAAGAGAAGAAAGAAGAGGAGACUUCACAAAGUAAUAAUGUCUGGUUAUGUGGGGAAGGAGGGACGUGGAGGCGAGGCAUCUCAUGGUAAAACCUCGCUGAGAAUGUGUAAAUCGAUUGAGGCUACAACAGUUCACACCCUUUCGGCCCUGUCCUCCUCAUUCGGGAGCAAGCUGGGCCCUCAGAUCAAUGUGAGCAAAAGAGGAACCAUUUACAUGGGCAAGAGGCGGGGACGCAAGCCCAAGUCCCAAUCAGCGAACAUAAACGCCAGCUCUCAGACCUCCACUCAAUCGUCUUUGUUUACUAGUCCCCCUGAAGCAUCUCUUUUCUCGUCUAACCAGCCACAGGCUCCAUCUCACCCAUUUCCUUCCCCGUCACUUACCCACUCCAGUGGAGCCCAGAGUCCUUACAGCGAAGGCAGCCUCACAGAACCAACAUCCUCCCUCCUCUUUUCCCACCAUUUCUCCCUUCCUUCCCCAUCCUCCUCUUGUACGUCCCCACGUCCUACUUCCUCCUCGUCCCUCUCCCCCUUUGUGAAAAAGAGCUGUCCAUGUCAGGGGAGACAGUUUCCCUUCCACCAGUCUUCAUGUAAGCUCUCGGGUGCCACCCCUCAGAUGCAUCACGUACCUGGCUCUCCGAGCCACCUGAAGGAGGCCACGCCCUCCCCCAGGAGCGAGUCGCACAGUGACGAGACCCUGCCGAGUGACAGUGGGAUUGGAACGGAUAAUAACAGCGUCUCAGAGCGAGGGGAGAUGAGGGGAGCCCGAGGAAUACUGAGGAUGGGUCAGGGGUCGGGGGUGAUUCUUGGUGGUCAAAGGCUACCUCCAUCUCUUGUGGACCACCCCUCUCCAGUCUCGUCGCCCCUCUCUCAUGUGCCCAGAAACUCAAGCAUUAUAAGCAGCUCAGUCGUAGCAGAGCGGCACAGAGACCGGCACCGACACAGGCGCAGGGAUUACGACUGCCCCUCUUCCUGCGCCUGUCUGUGCACCUGUCUGGGACACAACAAGUGCACUCAUUCAGACUAUUACAGCUGCCUUGGACACGGUGCACUCAAGAGACAAAAGAACAAACAUAAGAAGAAGCACCAACAGAUGCACAUGCAGGACCCAGAGUUCCUAGCUGAACUGGACGAUUUGAUUGCUCAGUUCAACGAGGUCCACAUCGGACGACGGAGCUGGGCGAGGACAGGACUCGGGCAGAGCUUUGACGGAGGAAGGCGGCAUCAGUCCUCCUCUCAUUCCCACCGGUCCAACAUCUUCCGGAUCAAUCUGAACGGCUUUUACUCUCCGCACCCUUCAUCCUUUCCAGUAGCUCCUUCCUUCCCCCCCCAGCCCUUCUAUCCCUGCCAUUGUAACAGGAAGCUGGACCGCCGGCAGUGCGGCUGCCCCUCAAAGUUCCAGGAAACAAUUGAAAACAUGGGCUUUUAUGGCAGCUACCCACAAGCACCACCAUCGCUCUACCACCACUUCCCCAGCUCCUUCCCGCUUCCACCCCCUCACCAGUACGCCCCCCAUCAGCCCCACCACGCUCACAUCCUCCUGAACCCAGCCAGAUUCCACAGGCGUAGAAGUAGGUUGCUCAGAGAGGGAGCUUUAGGAGGAGAGGUGGAAGGAGAUUUAGGGGCUAGCAGUAGAGGAGCGGGCUCAGGGUUUGUUUCUGGCCUUUCAUACGGCUGGGGGAGGAGCGAACACAAACAUAAACACCGACACCGGCACUGUGAGCGAAGCAUGGAAACUGAAGAGGAGUUACAGGACGAGGAGGAGGAAGAUGGAAUGGAUAGGGAGCUGUUGGGCGGUUCAAAGACGCAAUCAGGGUUCAUUUUUGGGCAAGUAGAGGGAAGGAGGAAAGGGGUAAAAGGACCAGGAAGCAUGUUGUCUAAAGAUUCACCCUGGUUACGUCAAAAUGGAAGCAUUCCCUUCUCUGCUGCCACCUCCUCUUCAUCAUCUUCUUCAGCAGAGAGGUACAAAAACACAUCUCUAACCUCUUUAGGGCUUGGUUCUACUCACCUGUCUUCCUUCGGAGGAGGCUGGGGCGGCUUGGGUCAAAGCUGGGCAACAUUUGGGAGUCUGGGAAGCCCAGGAUUUGGAACCCUAAACCCUGGCUGGAGAGGCUUUUCCAGGGAGAAGCACAUGGGCAGACUGACUGCCUCAGAAGGAGAGGAUGAGGAUGGCGAAGAGAAUGUGGAGAACUCACACCUGUAUGCCCCAAAACACACCAACCUGUUCACUGCCAUGUCAGCAGCGGGGAGGAGCCUUAGGUGCGGACUGGCCAUCAGGAACCCUGGAAGUGGAGAAAAGUCGUGGAGGAGGGACGAGCCAGCAUGGACAGAGAGGAGGGAAGGAGGUUUACAAGGUGACUCAAGGAGCCAGGGGCAGCGGAGGAGCUUGCCAACUCCAGACUGCGCUGCGUUGAAAAACAAAAGAGGGCCAGGACGUCCCAGGAAGCAUCCGCUGCCCUCUGCAGCGUCCUCCCCCACGCGCUCAUCCCAUGCAACGCCAUCCAUGUCGCCGGGUGACCUGGUGCCAGAAGUGGGAGGGGAUGCAGAAGACGCGGUGCCAGAGAAAAGAGGAGGAGGAGGAGGAGACAGGGGAGGUGGAUGCAACACAUCGCAGCAGUUCACAGUUUUUGAGUCGCAGGCUCGGAGGAAGAGGGGGCGGAAGAGAAAACACGGUGAUUCUCCGUGCCAUCAGAGUUUUGCCAAGGACAUCCCUGACUGUGACACGCAUUCUGAGUUUCUAAGCCAAUCAGAUGUCGACGAGGCUCCACCGCAACCAGUAGCCACCCAUAGGGAAGAGAACAGCGAUGGUUCUCCCAGGAAGAAUGACCUGAGAGCAGGCCUUUACUCUGACGAUUAUAAAACUACAGAUUCUCCCUUCCCUGCAAAGACGAACUGCAGUGAGAGUCUGGAGUACACACCAGGGGAGCAUGAGUACAGCCUUUUACCUGCUCCCAUACACGUUGGAAAAUACUUGAGGCUGAAACGAAUUCACUUCCAGCUACCAUAUGAUGUGAUGUGGCAGUGGCAACAUAACCAGCUUCAGAGUCAACCUGCUGUUCCCCUGAAAAGGAAGCGGCGUUAUUGUCGUCUUAAGCAGAGGACUCCAUCUUUCCAGCAAAUAGUGGAGGAGAGCUCUGGAGACAUCAGCAGCCUGUUCCCUCACCUCGACAUGGAGCCUCUGACCUGCAGUGAGAGGAGCUUUGUGGUGAAACACAACGUGUUCCUCGUCAGGAACUGGGAGCUUGUGAGAGACCGACAGAUCCGAAUGAGGAUAGAGAGGGGGAGAGACCGAGAUGAGGAGGGAGAGGACUCGCAGAUCAUGUCCUGCGACGGCGCCAGUGGGGACGACAGCCACAUCAAGUCAGGUCCAUGAAGCAAGUGUGUGUGUUAGUUUUUGUUUCUGUAGGUGUUUGUGGUUGAACCUCGCGCAUUUUCAUUUUUUUGUUUUGCUGUACAUCUGUGUGGACUGCAACGUAUGUGUGCGCUCAUCCGACUUCAUGUUUGGCUUGUCUUUCCGUAUCAUACCCAGCAGCCCAAAACUAAGUGGUUUUCCAACCACAGAAUGCAGCCUGCAGAAAUAUUUACCUAUUUCUGUCAUCCACCGCUGGUGUCCAAGAACCCAGCGGGCGUCGAGUUUCCCCAUUAGCGAUGAAACCACACACUUUCAUCCAGCAGACAGAAACUAAAGAGAAAAACAAGCACACAUAUAAUUAAAAUGUAAUUGUAAAAGUUGAUGUUCCUGCCUUCGCUAACGUGCAGAAUGCUGUUUGACCUGCAGAUCAGUCAGUGGGGGUGGAGGUGACGGUUAUAACCAGUGACCCCCACCACCAAAGUCAGGACACCUCCAGCUCGCUCACUGCCACCCACAGCCCCAUCAACAGCCGGAGCAGACAAGAGGACGAGGAGGAGAAAACAAAACGAGGGGAGAGAGAGGUCUGCAACAGAGAACAGAGGAGGAAACGGUUGAACGAUUUACUUUUGACCCUUCAGCAUUCAUAAACGGACUGAAAGACAGAGAUAGGGCGGAACUUCUCCAAUAAGGGACCAGCCCCAGCAGUGAACAGCUGGACUAAAACUGACGUCACUGCACUGAAAAAGGAGAAAAGAAGAAAACUGGGAUGGUUUGAAAAAUGAUAUGUGGCUUAAAAUUUAAGAAAAACACAAAAGCUGAUACAUCAGCGUGCCGAACUUUGCGCUUCGAAGGACAUCCCACCAAGGAUGAAACUAUGGCAACUAUUGUCCGAGCAGCGUGAGAUGAAAGAGACAGAGACACACUGACGUGGAUGAAGGAAAAAAAAGAGAAAAGACCAGCUGAAAUGAAUUUGCACUAGUGCUGGAUGAUCAAGCACACUAAAGACUGUAUGUAUGCUGAGUAGACACACUUUAAAAAAAAAACAUAUAUACACUUUAAAUGCUCUCACUUCGGCACCUUAAGCAAAAACAAACUAAAAGGACGUGUGUUGCACGGAAGGUUGAAAGCGGACACGUACAGCCCGGUACUCGGCAUUUUCAGCUCCCUAGUUUCUAAGAGACGAGGAGCUCACAAGCCACCCGGGGAGGGAAAAACGCAAAUGUAGCCCGGGCUCCCCUUAAGUAGGUCAAAAUUGAACCCUCAUUCACUUGUUAAGCUUUCAAAGUCACAUUGCACCUUUGGGAAAUGGCACAAGGAGAAGUGAGCCAGUUAAAAGCUAAAAAAAAAGAGUGUGAGGGUUUUUGGUUUUUUUUUUUUUUGCUUCGCUUUAACAGGACUGUCUGCCAUGUACCAGUGAAUAGGGAAAAGGGAGGGUGGAAAGAGCUUAGCAAUAGGAAUUUUGGCAUUGCUGCAAGAGAAUUUCUAAUGAGGUUUUGAGAAAGAGUUUAUUUUUUUUUUUAAAUGAAAAAAAAAAAAUAGUUGUCUGCUAUAGAAAUGAACAGAAUAUAUCCAUGACAGGAAUGUUUAUUGUUGAACUAUUUUCAGUAUUGCUUCCAAGGAAAAGGGGGAGAUAGUUUUGUUUACUCCAGACUGCCUUUGAGAGUGUUUCCCACUUUGCUUCGGAUCACUGACAAUCAGAAUGUCCUCGGAGGUGGUGGUUGGGGUGGUUGGGUGCCAGGAGGAAAGGGAUAGAAAGAACCGAUUUACCCCAAAACGCUCUGUAGAAGUGCCAUGUCGUCUUAUGUGUAAAAGCAAGCUCAUGUGGUCUUUAAAAGCAAUAUCUCCUCUAAUAAGGACUAUAUAAGUACUCCAGUUAUGUUUUUUUUCCCCCUUCGUUAAUUUGUGAAUAUUUGAGGACUUUCUGUACAAAAGCAUAUUAGAUUGUUCUCAUCUUAGGAGCAUUGGAUUAACAAGCCUUCAGUUUUAUGUGAAUGUACAGUAUGUAGACCUGUUUUUCUUUCAUCAGCAGUAGAGUGUACAUUUAGUAUAACACUUAGAAGCUACCAUUCAGACGUUUUUAACAGUAUAAACAGCUGACCAAUAUAUCCUUAUAACUGACAUGGUUGUAUAUGAUUUUUACUCUUUUAAUUUUUGUAGAGUUACAUAUUUUGCCUCCUUUUUUAGCUGAGCAUACUUUGGCCAGACAAUGUAUGACAGUAAAUUAGUUUUUUUUUUGUUUUUGUUUUCCAGUGCUCUCUUUCAGUAGUGUGGCUUCUUAUAACGAGCCAAAAAAAGUGCAAUUUCUUUGACUGUUUACAUACCGUAUGUAUAUUUUUCUCCCUCUUUACUUUUUUUACCUAAAGGCACUACAUUAUUGCCAGUGGAUGAUUAACUUUAUAGCAAAGGUACACAUAAAGAGUUAUUUAUCUAGUUUGCAUGACAUGUAACCUAUGCCUGUUGCCUCUGACUUUGUGCAUCUGAUAAGCAAAACAUAAAAAAAAAACAAAAAAAACAGUGAUAACUCAAUGCCAUAGAAUGUCAGCUCAAACAUUUUGCCUCUGUAUCCAUAAUAAUAAAAGCAUUUUAUGUCUCCUGGUACUAAA